UCCCUUGCUGAUCUGGCAAAAAAGCGGAUCACUUUGGAAUCCAAAAGAAAAGCACUUGAUUCUUUCAAAACCAUUCUUUUUCUGCUACGAGAAAAUCAGGUUUUACGCAAGGAUACUUUUUACCAAGAAAUAAUGGCUGUGACUGAGCGACUGUACUCCCUUGCUGACAACACCCUCGAGAAGACCAAAUUACAUGUGGUAACAGCUUCCCUUGAGGAAGAAGCCCUGAUGGAGAAAUUAGGAAACGACAUUAAGCAGCUGACGAACAGACAGUGUAAACUUAGUGAAAAGGCAUCUGAUAUAGAAUCGGAAGAAGUAAGUUCAUACCUGCCCCUGUGGAAUUUCUUCGACAUUAUUUUUCCCGAUUCGACAGUUUUCAGAACCUCUGAGUGCUAA